CCGAAAGACGCUUCUGCGCGAAGGAUACACGAUCUUGAUUUGCGUAAACAAACUUUUUGCAUAUUUAUGCUUCACUGUGUGUGUUCAAGUUGCCGAUGCUUUUCUUUUAGAAUGUAUUCAUACCCUUGGAUAUGUCUGGAAGAACUGCUUAAGUGUUUAGAGAAAUGAAUUCGGCUGUUAGCGGGUCGAGUGUUUUCUCGGAAAAGUAUUUUUGUUUGGGUUGCUACCGUUCCCCCCUAGUGUAGUGUCUGGGAAGUUCAAGUUCGAGCGAAGUCUGACAGUUCGGGGGCCCCCAUUCAAAGAAAUUCGACGUCUGCGGAUCACAUGGUUGGAAAUUUAACAGAUUUUCAACACCGAUUCUUGGAAGUCAUGUCCAGAUCGAGACGGUUUUUGCUGCUGUUAGUAGUGGCUUCCGUAACAUGCGUCUUUCUGGUUCAGGUUCUAAUGGAUGGCCAGAACAUCGGAAAUACCUUUCAGUACAGCGGAAAUCCGAGCGCCAAAGGUCUGAACGACGUUCAUGAUGCUAGAUCAAAUUCUGUACUCCAGUCAACAUCAACGACCAUAAAGCGACAAACAAUGACUACAUCUACAACUGUGAAAUCCACAUCUGAAAAACCUACAACUCCUAAACCAACUACCACUAUCAAAAACUUAAAAACAACCGCUAAAUAUCGAGAAGCAUCUUCCUUUAUGAUUAACAAAACUGAUCGCAUUGAAGCCAAAGUACAAGUGAGACGGUUGCCAUUGGCGAAAAGUAUAUCUCAGCAACCGCCAAAUCCAAAUUUGGUGAAUCGACAAGAACGCAUCCAAGAAAUCUUAAAGCAGAGUAGUGUCAUCCAUAGACGAGCUACUCUGGAUCCUAUGAGGUCCUUAAAAUCUAUUCCUCUUACAAAUCCCGAAAAAGUCAUGAGAAUCAUCAUUUUAACUUAUUUUAGGGCAGGAUCGACUUUCUUUGGCGAUAUUCUGCAACAGAACUGGAAGACUUUUUACCACUUCGAGCCUCUCCACUGGAUGACGUACGAUAAGCGAAUCGAUGAUGAGAAGUUACCUGAGGUCUUCAAUCUCUUCAGCAAUAUUUUCAGCUGCAAUUUCAACGAAAGCAAAGAGUACAUGCAGUGGGUGAUGAAACCGAAAAAUCAGUUCCUUUUUGCCCAUAACCUUUUUCUGUGGGUCACUUGUCACAGCAAUCCGAAAGUUUGCUUUAGUCCUGCCUUUGUGAAUGCUGUCUGCAUGAGGGCGCCCAUCCACGUAAUGAAAAUCACCAGACUGCAUAUGCGUCAGUUGCGCAGCUACUUGAAAGAGAAUCCGGACAAGAAUUUCAAAGUGAUUCACCUCACAAGAGACCCGAGAGGCAUCCUGAGUUCCAGAUGGUCUCUGGAUUGGUGCAACGGCACAAACUGUUCCGAUUCUGGCGUGCUUUGUCGCGAAAUGGACGAAGACAUACGAAUAUUCAACGAGCUGCAACAAGAACAGCCAUCCAAUUUUAUAAAAGUUCGGUACGAGGACCUCUCGACCAAUCCAGAAAAUGAAACUGAGAAAUUGUUUAAUUUCUUACAUCUCCCAUUUUCGACUUCUGUGAAGAAGUUUCUCAAAACCCAUACCGUUGGCCGGAAAUCAGAUGCUAGGAAUCCAUAUUCAACCCGUCGAAAUUCUUCAUCGAUGGUCAACAGCUGGCAUGAGCGCUUUACGUACAAGCAGAUAGUUGAGGUACAGUCGCAAUGCAGCAAUGUCUUACAAAAAUUAAAUCAUUCUCUCAUAUCUUCGCCAAGUCAGUUACCGUAUCCUAAUGGCAAGCCAAAGCCUAAAGUGUCAUCUCAGACGAAUCAUCUUAAAACGUGGAGAUACAAUAAGAAUCCCUUAGCUAGAAAGUAUUUCGCCAAUAAGACAGAAUUCGCUCAAGAGUCUGACAAUCCUUUUUUCAAUCAGCCGGAAAUUUUCAGAUCGAAUAACACGAACAUUGAAGUUCACCGAUCAUAUAAAAUUGUGAAUGAUAUUUCUACAAACACUAAUUUAAAUCAGUCUAAUAAUCUUUCAUUAAAUGUUACUGUUCAUUGAUGUGAUUCAUUCAAAUGUGAAUGCCAUUAGUGGAGUUCCUUUGAAAUGUACAGUUCCUAUAUAUAUAAUGUGACUCUCGAUUUUUUUUUUUUUUUUUUUCAAAUUCCAUAAUCACGUUAUCAUUUUUUAAAUCGCAGUGAUGUAUUUGGAAUGUGAUAUGAACUUAUUUAAGGAUUGAUUUUGCACGCUAUUUUAUCAUCCUAGGUUAUCAAGUGCUUUUUGU